CUGGCAGAAGAAACAGAAGAAGAGUUCAGAGAAACAACAUAAUGAGCACACAGGAAGUGGAGAAACAGGAAGUUGGAAACGAGACUCCGCCCAUCUGUGACCUUUUGGCCCUCCUGCUAAAGAACCGUCGACCCUCCAGCGCCUAUAAUGAAGUCUGGCCCAACAUCUACAUCAGUGAUGCUACGACAGCGAAAGACAAGACACUUCUAAGACAUCUAGGAGUCACUCAUGUCAUCAACGCCGCACACGGACCCGCUCACAUCGACACCGGAGCUGGUUUCUACACGGACACAAACAUAGAGUAUCACGGCGUGGAGGCACCAGACAGCAGACACUUCGACAUCGCACCAUUUUUCUACCCAACAGCCAGUUUCAUUCAUGAAGCUCUGUCACAGCAGAGAGGGGGGAAGGUCUUGGUUCAUUGUGCCAGAGGAGUGAGUCGUUCAGCGACACUAGUUCUGGCGUAUCUGAUGAUAUACGAAAAACUCACAGUCGCAGAAGCCGUCGCUGCGGUUUGUGCCCACCGGAACAUUUUACCCAACGCUGGAUUCCUUCAACAGCUCCGUCAGCUGGACUCCAACCUCAACCUGCAGAGAAGACAUGCGAUAUAUUAGUAUAAACAAAGAGGAAUCUUUAAUAACUAAUUUACAUUUAUACAUUUAGUAGACACUUUUAUCCAAAGCGACUUACAGUGCAUUCAGGCUAACAUUUUUUACCUAACAUGUGUUCCCUUGGAAUUGAACCCACAACCUUUUGCGCUGCUAACGCAAUGCAAAAACAUAAUUUAAAGGGAAUAAAUCACCCAAAAAUGAAAAUUUGCUGAAAAUGAAAUGUACUCACCACCUCAAGCCAUCCAAUAUAUGGAUGAGUUUA